AAAGCCGACAUGUGGGCCUGUUUAACUCUUCCCGUGAUCCCGUCGCGCGCGCCAUCAUUUCCACCCGCCCAAUCCAGCCCGUCCACCGCCGCCGCCGCUCCUUCCGGCCACCUUUCGUUGUGCUCCUCUGCUUCUCCUGCCAAUCACAUUUCGCUGUCAUCCUCGGCUUCUCCUAGACGUGCUGCACGGCCGCGUCGUGAGCGGCGGCUGGAACAAGGACAAGCUGGCGCAGCGGCCGCGGUGGGACGGGAACGGAGCGCGAGGAAGCGUCGGCUGUGGCGGCGGUGCGCUGGAGCAGGUGCUGGGCGUGCUCUGCUGCGACGGCGAAAUAUUCCAGGCCGCCCGCGGCCAGCGCCCCGCUCCGCGAUGUUUUCUGGCUCCGUUUCCUCGACAAGAAGAGCGGAGCAGGUCAAGCAGCAGCAAGUACGUGAGGACUACUGUGGAGCAGCACUAUGGGAAGCUGGCCCUCAAGCUCAACUUCCUCAAGCAACCAUUCAGCUAACGCAAACGAAGAACUUCUUCAAGCUCCUGUAUGUCCGCCGGCCGGCGCUGACAAGCCAAGGCCGCCAAAGCCUGCUGCUUCCUCUAUCAGGCGAUUGCCUCUAUGGUAGUGAUUGCCUAGGGGCAUAUCAAAAACAUCUGUACAGAAACAUUGUUGUGAACAAAAGUUAAGAACUGAAUGAUGUCCCUUGUGCAAUAUUGAAACAAGCUCCAGAUCGCAUGAGA